AUUUGAUUCACACUGAAACUUAGGAGCCUGGGGUCCAGUUUUACAAGGGCGAUAUGAAUGACUAGGAAUGAUCAUGGAUGAAAGAUCACAAACGGAUCGAAGUCGAUUCGAGAAAGCCAAUAACGAUACUAUUAUUCGCGUCGCCUCCUAUCAUCGACGAGACUUCGAUCUUGCAGUUAUUAAUACUAACCCCUCCGACCAUGAGCAAGUUCGUAGCUCAAUAAUGGGGACAACCGGUUGCCCUUCGGUUAACAUUGGGCAGCUUGAUUGCCUGCCCCUUGAGAUCAUCCUCGAAAUAUGCCUCUUACUGGACAUCAGGUCCCUAUUUAGAUUUCGCCAGGUCAAUCGCCGCGCUCAGCAUAUCAUCAGUACAGUCCGCGGCUAUCGAGAGACAAUUAUAUAUGCUCUUGAAGCCCUUUGUGUUAUCUUGAGAAUGAAAAUAGCGCCUCACUUUACUCUACAUGACCUGUUCAGUGUCCUGUGUACAAGGGACUGCCUGCUUUGCGGUUCCUUUGGUGGCUUCGUUUUUCUUCCGACAUUGAUGAGAUGCUGCUUUUCUUGCAUUAGGGGGAAUCGCUUGCCCCCUGUCAUGUCGGUUGCUAACGCAAAAAGGUUCGCAAAUUUGAGCUCUACUCACCUACUCAAAUCUAUUCCUGUUAUAAAAACUAUACCAGGAAUAUAUUCAUUGGAUGAAAAACCGCAAAAGAGGGCGAUGCGAAUCGUGUCAAAAGAGCAUAUUGCCGGAAUACAAAGAUGCCAGAUCAACGAAGAAGCACAACAGAUUCAUCCCAAAAAUUCUUCACUUCUAUGCUAUAUGGUAUCAAUCGCUUUGCCCUAUCUAGACACCACAAGUGGUGACAUCCAAAGUGGGGUUUGUUGCAGCGGUUGCCAGGUUGCCCUUGAAGAAGCUCUGAGGAUAUCCAGGGUUGAGGCCAAUGCUUCCACUUUACGAGAUAAAGUCUACUCACAUGACGGUUUCGUGGAACACUUUCAUAAAUGUCGAAAAGCUCAAAGUUUACUCGCAUUAAGUAAAUCCGGUACAGAGAUCGCUAAAAUCUCCGAAUCUGUUAGGCGUGGCGGUUAUUUCAACAAAAGGAAAGUGAUCAUGGCUUUUGGGAGAUAAUUGAAGAUAUAUUUUUCAUGUUAUUGAGAGCAUGCGCAGGUCAAUGACACUAUCACUAUAUCCUAAAAAGUAGAAAACUAUAUUUGGCCUAAUCUUGCAACUCUUCGUCCGAGAAAUACUUCUUCGGGGCUUCAGGGUUGAC